UGAAAAUUGAAAUGGCUUGUUUAACGUACUUGAUUCUAGCUGCAUUUUCAGCUGCAACCGCCGCUAGAGAGAUCGUUUUCCCACCUUCCAUUCCACAAGUCCCAUUUGGAGCUUUGUCCAAUGACCCUAUAUCAGCGUUCACCGAAGUUCCCCCUGCUGUCGCCGGUUUGACAACGUUUGCGAAUAUACCACACGUAUUCUGUCUUGCGGAUGCUGCUAAUGAAGCCGUCGAGAAGUUUGAUAUUGCAUUUUUGGGAGCCCCUUUUGAUACCGCUACAACUGGACGACCUGGCGCCAGGUUUGGACCCGGAGGUAUUCGACAGGGUUCUAGGCGGAUCGAGCCUGGAGGUUACAGUAUCUACACGGGAGAAAACUCAUUUGAUAGCUGGGCCAAGGUUGUAGACUGCGGAGAUGCUCCUCUCACGUUUUUGGAUAAUACGGUUGCGCUAAAGCAGCUUGAUCAUGCUCAUAAGAUCAUUUCGGGACGUGAAACUAAUUCCUCUGUGUACCGGGUACCACGAAUCAUUGUCCUGGGAGGAGAUCACACAACCACGCUCAGUGCUCUUAGAUCAACAUUCAAUCGCUGGGGCCCAGUAAGCGUUAUUCACUUUGAUUCCCAUAUCGAUACUUGGGAUCCUGAGGUACUGGGUGGUGGACUUUCACAUUAUGCAGGAGUAAAUCAUGGGACUUUCCUACACAUUGCGCAUGAGGAAGGGUUAAUUACAAACUCUUCUGUGCAUGCUGGCAUUCGUGCACCUGUCAUUCGCAAGAAAGGUGACGUCAGAAACGACGUUCGUUGCGGUUUCGAUAUUAUUCGAGCUCGAGAUAUAGAUCGAAUCGGUGCAGACGGUAUAAUCCGCAGGAUCAAAGAACGUGUCGCCGGCAAUAAAGUGUAUAUCUCAGUCGAUAUCGACGUACUAGAUCCAGCUUUCGCACCAGCUACGGGUACGGCGGAAGUCGGCGGCUGGAGCACACGCGAGCUGCUGACCAUACUAGAUGGUCUCGUGGGCCUGGAAGUAGUUGGCGCUGAUGUUGUUGAGGUUGCGCCAAUAUAUGAUAACCCUGGAGAGACAACUCUUCUUGCGGCAGCUGAGGUUGCGCAUUCGUUGUUGACCUUGAUGGUGAAACAGCCAGUAAAACCUUGAUGUUGAACGACAUAGGUGAUGUUACGAUUUGUGGGAAGUUCAAGAGCUGCUACCUGUAGACUUAAGAAUUAGAACGAAUUUAAGGAUGGUCUUUGGGAAAAGUAACGAGAAAGUUCUCCUGAGAGCUUCACUAGAUUUAUUCAUGUACAUGAUGUCUCGGCAUCCUGGCUUUAUCUAUUAGC